GUGUGCUACGAGGCGGUCUGGCUCCGGGUAGUCACGUGUGCCGUGACGCAGCCGCGCUCUCGGACUCGGACGGAGACAAGAUGCCGAAGUAUUACUGCGAUUACUGUGACACCUACCUCACUCACGACUCCCCGUCCGUCCGCAAGACGCACUGUGAGGGGCGCAAGCACAAGGAGAACGUCAAAGACUACUAUCAGAAAUGGAUGGAGGAGCAGGCCCAAAGCCUCAUCGACAAGACCACGGCCGCCUUCCGCCAGGGCAAAAUCCCGCCCACGGCCCCCUUCCCGGCGCCGGCCGGGCCGCCCCCGGCUGGGGCCGCCAUCCCACCUCCGCCUGGGAACGUCGGGGUGCCGCCGCCGCGGCCCGCCAUCCUGCCCGGACCCCCAAUGGGAGGGCCGCCCAUGAUGCCGAUGAUGGGCCCUGCGCCUCCUGGUAUGAUGCUGGUGGGCCCGGGGAUGAGACCGCCCAUCAGCGGCCCGGUGCCCAUGAUGCCCGGCCCGAUGAUGGGGCCUCACCGGCCGAUGGUGGUGCCUUCACGACCUGGAUUAGUACGCUCGACCAGAUAAGCAACGCCUGGACCAGGGACAUUAGCCAGGGCGAAGUUUCACGCAACCUGAACCGAGACAAUCGGACGGCAGCGCCACCGUUUCAAAAUCAGUUCGUUGACUCUUUUGUUACAGAGUCGAAGCAUGUCGCCAUCUUCAUUAAACAACCGAACUGUGAGCGGAUUUCCCACUUGCAAGUUUGAAUUAACGUGUACUGUCCAGUUCAGGGAUUUACUGACGGACUGGAGGAAAGGGCCGGGUUGUGUGUUACUUUUUUAAGAAGUUGUACAAUUGCUAUUUCCCCCAGUGUAUUUUUGAGAUUCUAAUUGUCCAUUCAUUCGGUGCCACAUUAUUUUGGCCUGAAAAUUUUAAAAAAUGUAUGGUUGAAAAUCCUUGUUCUGUUCAGGGUUUAAAACUUAUACAGAGUUGAAGACCCCCAAAUCCACAGGAGGUGAUUGACCCAACUGUAUAAGGCAAUUAGUCAAAAUAUUGACGUUUUAAAUUUGCCUUUUAAGCAGAUGAAUCAACUGACUGGAAAGCGUUGCUUGAAGUACACUGUUGUUAAAAGACACGAAUUGGUUAUACUUUGUUUUGAAAUCUUGUAACAUUGGAUAUAUAAUUUUUUAGUUUGUAAUAAACAUUCUUUGGUUGACCUAAUU